AUGCUUAAACUUGUUAGCGUAAGUUGUGCGCCAUUUCUCAAAUUAUCUUUCUGCCCCGAACCUUUGAGUCCCUUUUGCUCCUUGGAGUCGCUUAUUAUCGUGAUAUUUGUCCGGGAAGUCAUGCCAUCAUCACCCCAAUCUCCCCUCUCAGCUUCAGCGUACGAAGGCAAUCCAGGUUCUCCUGUCUCUCCUUUAGGUCCUUCAAGACCUGGCAGUCCAGAGAAUCCUCUAGGUCCGGCAUCUCCAGGCUUUCCUGGUCGUCCAAUAGCACCUGGAUCACCAUCCAAUCCACGCUUUCCUUUGGGUCCAUUGUAUCCAGCAGGUCCCAUGGGUCCAAUCUCUCCUUUCUCUCCAUCUCUUCCCGGGAUUCCCGGAGUACCAGGUCGUCCUUGCAAUCCAUAG